GUGUGUGUGUGUGGUGUGUGUGUGUGUGUGUGUGUGUGUGUUGAAGCCCAGAGCAGCAGGAGAGAGCAGACUCCCCUGGACCCAGCAAUCGAAUUAAUGAAAUUAAUGUUAAGACGACUUGUAGCAGACUUUGCAGGUUUAAUGUUCAAAGGUUCAAUGUCUUUCAAACUGCCGAUUUAUUGAAUCAGUUAGAAUUUAUCUUUGGGGGUGAAGUAAUUUGUUGAAACAAAUUACCCAUGAAUAAUAACACAGGUCUGUGUAGAAAUGUAGAAACUGACUGCUUUAUUUUCUAUAUUAGCUAAACCUAUUGUGAAUCAACACUAUGCACAGUAUGAAGGGUACUUGUGUGCUUUUAUGUCAACAUGUAAGUGCUUGAAUGCCAUAAUAACUUUUUCUGCCCCCUCCCCCCCCCCCCUUUAAUUUAUAUUUCAAUAAACUGAGAAAAGAUUAUUGAAAUGAAAAGUCAUGAGAAAGUAGUUGAGUAGCCCUGCAAUAAAUGAUCAAAUGAAACGACAUGCACUAAUGCUAACUUCCAGGUGGUUCUUGUUUUUCAGAAGGAGGCAGGAGAGAGCAGACUCCCUGGACCCAGCUGUGUCUCCAUGAAGAGUGAGCACUAUAUGGGGGAGCUUCGAAGGAUCCGUUCUGAAUUUGUGAAGGGAGUUUCAGACCCAGUUAUCAAAGGUCUCCUGGAUGACCUUUAUCAUCAUGAAGUGUUCAGUUCUGAGGAAAAGGACUCUGUGAUGGAGGAGAAGAGGAGCAGAGCGGACCAAGCACGUUGUCUGAUCGACACGGUGAUCGGUAAAGGGGAGAGAGCAAGUCAGAUGAUGAUCGAUGGUAUCAAGGAGAGGGACAAACACUUAUGCAUCAACCUGGGUCUGAGCUCUUCUCUUGCUGGUGUGGGAUCUGCUGCUGUCGAGUGCCAACAAAAAAUCAAGUCUAAUUUAAAGAUGAAGUUACGUUGUGUGUUCGAGGGAAUCGCUAAAGCAGGACGUCCAACACCUCUGAAUGAGAUCUACACAGAGCUCUUCAUCACAGAGAGAGGCAGUGGAGAGGUCAACAAGGAACAUGAGGUCACACUGAUUGAAACGGCUUCCAGGAGACCAGUCAAGGUGGAAACACCAAUUAAAUGUGAAGACAUCUUUAAACCCUUACCUGGAAAAGAUGAAUCAAUCCGGACAAUAAUGACAACUGGAGUGGCCGGCAUUGGUAAAACCAUCUUAACACACAAGUUCACUCUGGACUGGGCUGAAGGCAAAGCUAACCAAGACAUAGACUUCACGUUUCUCUUAACUUUCAGAAAGCUGAAUUUACUAACAAAGAAUGAGUUUAGCUUAGUGGAACUUAUUCAUCACUUCUUUAGUGAGCCCAAAGAUGCAGGAAUCUGCAGAUACGACCUGUUCCAAGUUGUCUUCAUCUUAGAUGGUCUAGAUGAGUUUCGAAUUCCUCUGGACUUCGAGUGCACCCCGAUCUUGACUGAUGUCACAAAGUCCACCACGGUGGACGUGCUGCUGACAAACCUCAUCAGGGGUGAACUGCUUCCCUCUGCUCGCAUCUGGAUAACCACACGCCCUGCGGCAGCCAAUCAGAUCCCUAAUGACUGUGUUCACAUGGUGACAGAGGUGAGGGGGUUCACCGACCCUCAGAAGGAGGAGUACUUCAGGAAGAGAUUCAGAGACAAGGCACUGGCCAGCACAAUCAUCUCCCACAUAAAGAAAUCACGAAGCCUCCACAUCAUGUGUCACAUCCCAGUCUUCUGUUGGAUCAUUGCUACAGUUCUGGAGAACAUCUUAAAAACAACCCAGAAAGUAGAAGAGAGGCCCAAGACCUUGACUCAGAUGUACAGCCACUUCCUGAGGGUUCAGUCCAAACAGGCGGACAGGAAGUAUCGUUCGAUAGAUGAAAAAGAUCCACAGUGGAGUUCAGAGAGCAAGGAUAUCAUUUUUAAACUGGGAGAACUUGCUUUCAACCAGCUGAAGAGAGGCAACCCGAUCUUCUACGAGGAAGACCUGGCAGACUGUGGCAUCGACAUCAAAGCAGCCUCAGUGUACUCAGGAGUCUUCACCCAGAUCUUUAGAGAGGAGUUUGGACUGUACCAGGACAAGGUUUUCUGCUUUGUCCAUCUGAGCAUCCAGGAGUUUCUGGCUGCCCUUUAUGUCUUUCUGUCCUUCAUCAACGAUGGUGUCAAUCUGCUCUCAGAAGAACCACCCACCUCUGGGGAAGAUAAACUCCUCCUCCUCUACCAGAGUGCUGUGGACAAGGCCUUACAGAGUGAGAACGGACAACUGGACUUGUUCCUCCGCUUCCUCCUGGGCCUCUCUCUGGAGACCAAUCAGAUUGUCCUACGAGGUCUGCUGGGACAGAGAAGAAGUACCUCACAGACCAAUACAAAAACAGUGUCUUACAUCAAGAAGAAGAUAGAUGGAGAUCUCUCUCCAGAGAGAAGCAUCAACCUGUUCCACUGUCUGAAUGAGCUGAAUGACCGUUCUCUAGUGAAGGAGAUCGAACAGUCCCUGACAUCAGGAAGUCUCUCCAGAGACUAUCUCUCUCCUGCUCAACUGUCAGCUCUGGCCUUCAUCCUACUGACAUCAGAAGAGGAGCUGGACGUGUUUGACCUGAAGAAAUACUCUGAUUCAGAGGAGGGUCUUCUGAGGCUGCUGCCAGUGGUCAAAGCCUCUAAAACGUCUCUGCUGAAUGGCUGUGAUCUGUCAAAGAGAUGCUGUGAAGCUCUGGCCUCAGUUCUCAGCUCCAGCUCUAGUCUGAGAGAGCUGGAGCUGAGUACCAAUGAUCUGCAGGAUUCAGGAGUGAAGCUGCUCUCUGCUGGACUGGGGAGUCCACACUGUACACUGGAAACUCUCAGCCUCAAUGGCUGUCAUCUGUCAGAGAGAUGCUGUGAAGCUCUUGCCUCAGUUCUCAGCUCCAACUCCUCUAGUCUGAGAGAGCUGGAGCUGAGUACCAAUGAUCUGCAGGAUUCAGGAGUGAAGCUGCUCUCUGCUGGACUGAGGAGUCCACACUGUACACUGGAAACUCUCAGCCUCAAUGGCUGUGAUCUGUCAGAGGAAUGCUGUGAAGCUCUGGCCUCAGUUCUCAGCUCCAACUCCUCUAGUCUGAAAAAGCUGGACCUGAGUACCAAUGAUCUGAAGGAUUCAGGAGUGAAGCUGCUCUCUGCUGGACUGAGGAGUCCACACUGUACACUGGAAACUCUGAGCCUCAAUGGCUGUGAUCUGUCAGAGAGAUGCUGUGAAGCUCUGGCCUCAGUUCUCAGCUCCAAGUCCUCUAGUCUGAAAAAGCUGGACCUGAGUACCAAUGAUCUGAAGGAUUCAGGAGUGAAGCUGCUCUCUGCUGGACUGGGGAGUCCACACUGUAUACUGGAAACUCUCAGGCUGAAUGGCUGUGAUCUGUCAGAGAGAUGCUGUGAAGCUCUGGCCUCAGUUCUCAGCUCCAGCUCUAGUCUGAGAGAGCUGGAGCUGAGUUCCAAUGAUCUGCAGGAUUCAGGAGUGAAGCUGCUCUCUGCUGGACUGGGGAGUCCACACUGUACACUGGAAACUCUCAGCCUCAAUGGCUGUCAUCUGUCAGAGAGAUGCUGUGAAGCUCUUGCCUCAGUUCUCAGCUCCAACUCCUCUAGUCUGAGGGAGCUGGAGCUGAGUACCAAUGAUCUGCAGGAUUCAGGAGUGAAGCUGCUCUCUGCUGGACUGAGGAGUCCACACUGUACACUGGAAACUCUCAGCUUGUCUGGCUGCCUGGUCACACAGGAAGGCUGUGCUUCUCUGGCCUCAGCUCUGAGCUCCAACCCCUCCCAUCUGAGAGUGCUGGACUUGAGCUACAAUCACCCAGGAGACUCUGGAGCUGCGCUGCUCUCUGCUGGACUGGAGGAUCCACACUGGAGACUGGACACUCUCAGUGUGGAGUACGGUGGAGUGUUGAGGCUGAAACCAGCUCUAAAGAAGUAUGCCUGUGACCUCACACUGGACCCCAACACGGCCCACAGAGACCUCUCUCUGUCUGAGGACAACAGGAAGGUGACGUGGGUUAGAGAGGACCAGUCGUAUCCGGAUCACCCAGACAGAUUUGACACCUGGCCCCAGGUGUUGGGUAGAGAGGCUCUGACUGGCCGCUGUUACUGGGAGGUAGAGAGGGAAGGAUGGGUUGAUAUAGGUGUGACAUACAGAGGAAUCACAAGGAGAGGAGAGGGUGCUGACAGCAGGCUUGGAGGGAACAACAAGUCCUGGAGUCUUUAUUGUACUGAUGGUCGUUACUCUGCCUGGUACAACGGUAGAGGACCAGUCCUCCCCCUCCCCCCCGCUGGCUCCACCAGAGUAGGAGUGUAUCUGGACCGGCCUGCUGGCUCUCUGUCCUUCUACAGAGUGUCCCCAGGUGGAGGAGGGUCCUCAGACACACUGACACGCCUCCACACCUUCUGCUCCUCCUUCACCCAGGAGGACCUCCUCCCGGGGGUGACGGUAUGGUGGUCCUCAGCCUCUCUGUGUCGGUUGUAG